GUGAGUGCGCAGAAGUGACGCGUGAGAGCUAACGUUGUGUAACUUUUGUAUUAGGAUUAAGAUAAUCUCGACAAGAUGGCAACUCCAGCUGAAUUUGUUACGCUGGGCGAGCUGUUCCUUAGAAACUGUGGAAAUGGAGAUGAAGAGGUUUUUGAAAAAAUCAAGCUCUUAAUAGAAGACACUUUACCAAACGGCUGACGGUCAUGGAAGGUUACAGACUGGUCAAAGGAGGAGUUAUUAGG